CACCUCCGUCGGUCGCCGCACCCGCUGACGGCUCUGAGGACGACGACUUUGUCCAACCAAGGACCAAGAAGCACAAAGUUCAGCCCGAAUCCGGAGCACCUCACUCGGGUGGAGUACCAAUUGCGCGGAGGACGCACUCCUCGCCGCAAUCUGCAGUUCGGCGAGCACCUCCACGCGCUCCUGAUGACAAGAAAGGCCGUCCAGUGAGGAAACGCGAGAUGCCCAACGGAGCAGAGCAUCAUUGUCGGGUGGACAAGCCCCUCGCAGCACCGAAGAAGGCCGUGCAAAAAAACGUGGAAAAAACUUUGACCAAGGGAGCAGGCCAGCUCCGUGGAAUUGGCAAGCCCCCCCCCCCCCCCCAGCUGCAAAGAAGACCGAGAAAAAGAUUCCGAAAAAGACUAAAGCCAAUGUCCGUUGCUGCCCGAAGGUUGUGAUUGCAACCAACGCGUCCUUGGUUAAACGGCAGAGGGACUAUGUCAUGAACAAGGGGUUUCAGCAUAUACUGAACAUGCAUCUUAAGGCGGUCGAGGGCCGAAGCCUGUUGGGAUGGAUAUUGGACCACAUGGACCUCCACUCAAUGACAUUACGAGCUGGAAGAGGCAAGGAGCUGAAGUUCACUAAAGAGGUUGUAGAGAUUGUUCUCGGUCUCCCUAGUGCCGGCGCCACACCGCCAAGACUGCAUCAAACCGAAAAAUCUGAGCUGACUGCAAAGUUUAGAAACAAAUUGAAUUUGGACAGCCGGGUUUUCAAUGUGAUAAUGAUGCAGGAACGUGUCAAGUUGGGGGGUGAUGAUGAGCUGACCAUGAUGUGCUAUUUUAUAGUCAUCUUCCACAGCCUGUUAUUUCCACAGGGCAACAGUGACAUCACCACCGAUGUUGUCACGACUGCUCAUUGGGCGGUCAGCAUGGACAAGAUCGACUGGUGCCAGCUGAUCUACACGGAUCUUUGGCAUAGUGUUGAGAAGUGGCAAAGUAGGCACAGAGAGAAUACGACUGCUACGAUUUAUGGAUGUGGCAUAGUUCUUCUUCUGUAGUAUCUUGACAACUUGAACCACAAUGCGUGCCCCCCCAAGAGGUUCAACACCCCACGUAUCAAGUACUGGACGAAGGAGAGAAUCAAAGAGCUGUCCGCGGCUGAUCGGAUUCGGCCUGGAGAAUAUGGAAAACUUGAUUUCCGCAGCCCCUCGGAUACAUGUUAUGUUGCAGCCGGACCGGGUCCAUCUGAUAGUUCAUUCUAUGUCCCGCGGCCGACCGAUCUCUUGGCAUCCAAAGAUGGCUGCUUUGCCACUACCGGACAAGCAGAACUUGCUAGACCUAUUCAGAGAGUAUGAUCAUGACAUGCAGCAGCAGUCUGAUAGAAUUGCAAGGGCACAUCGCGCCAUUGUUGCGCGGCAGAUUGAACUUAAAGAAACCUUUGGUGACAUGAUCGAUGAGCUCAUUCGGGUGCGUGAUGAUGACAAGCACGCGUCGCAAGAUCCAAAACAGGAUGGCCGCGAACAGGCCCCCCAGCAUAACAAUGUCAAUUUAUCUGAAGCAGAAGCCAUGCAGGGGUCCGCCGACAGAAUGCCAGGCGAUGAGGAUGGCAACAAUGAGAGUGACGAUGCUUGCGUUUCACCGCGGCCGACGUUGGCAUUGCCCGAUGACCAGUUGACUGACACUCAAUUUGCUCGGCGUAUUGAUUAUUUGGUUGGGGAUCAGAUUGGGAGGGAGAGUUUUGAUGAUGCAGAACCUCGCAGUGGCCAUCAGGAUGGGAAAUCUGAUGACAAGGAUGAGGAGGCACGCGCAGAAAGAAAUGAUAGGGACCAGCACAUUAUUAACAGUUCUAUUGACACCGGAACCCCAUCACGUUGGAUCAAUCUUCAACAUCCCGAGGGUUCCAAUACCCCAAACUCAAUGUUGAACACGGAUAUUGAGAAGGGUGGUUCCAGCGGUAGCAUUCGUGGCGGCCCAUUAUAUGACAAGACUCCAUUUGACCCGACUUGUAGUGCUGAAGAGGAACGCCGUGAACAGCAGAAUUACAAGGAGGCUGCUGCUGCUGAUAGCCACCAAGGGCCACCUGUUUUCGAUGCGUCCGUGCCCAAGAAAACAAUCCUGGCGCUGUCGAAAGAUGCCGGAACCUCGGGAUCCUCUUCAUCAGGUAUCAUAUCACAUGAGUUGGAAUCACGACGCCGCUUAGUCACCCUUCUAACCAGUGCUGACUCCCCACUACACAAGAAGCUUGUCAUGAAUUAUGGGGAUGGGUUAGCGUACGGGUAUGAUACCAUGAAGUCUUUCGCUGAUGGCCUACACCUUGAGGAUCUGUUUGUGCAGUUUGCCAUUGAAUGCAUCACCCAUGACAACGAGGCUCGUGGUUUGCCGGAAGCAAGCAGUGUGAUAUUGAGCGUGCCUGUCAUGAGGCAACUCAAUGCAGAACAUAUCAUCCACAAUGACCAGCCAGCCACUCCUUUCACCCUCCAUGCGCUCGAGGACAUACUUAACGCAGAGCUGCCAUCAACUCAAGACCUGAAGAACACCCAACUGGAUCAGUAUUUGGGUGCACCAUUGAUCCGGGUUGUGGAUUUGGUCUCUGUAUGGGAUUUGUAUCCACUAUUGGGCGUCUACCAACUUUAGGUUGGCCUGGAGACAUCGCCCUACGGUAUGCCGACCAGGGGGCGCAAUGCCCAGGAGCGUCGCCGCCGCCGCAGUGAUGUUCUGUCUUGCCAAGCAAAAUUGGGGAGACCUCUGCAGUCUUCCAGGAUCCACUGGCUCACCUCGUCGGCUGUUGACGGCCAUUAUUUCAUGUUUUGAUCGUCAACUGCUUGGGAAUGAAAUGAGUUUUACACUAUGUUCCAUUCAUAUUAUAUUUAAUUCUAAUAAGUUCCACAAGUUUUGGAUGAGUUUUGAUUUCAGGUGAUCAUGUACAAAAAACAGGCGAAGUUGGGCACAAACCCAGGCCGACCGGCCUAUCCUAGGCCAGCCGACCUGGCACCCCUUAGGAGUGUGCCACGUCUUCAAUCCAGAGGCAAAGUAACACACCCACAAUGCCUCUGAGUCGUGGAUUGGACGUCGGUUUGAUCGAAUGGACCGAAAGGCAUUGACAUGGAUCAAAGGACCCACAAGAUAGUGCCAAAUCAAGCAUAAGAUGGUGAAGCACAUCCCUGGAACAAUCACAAGCGUCCACGUACGACGUCGGUGCAAUGGAGGGCCGAGGGGCGCCAGAGGGAGGCCGGCCGGCCUACCCUAGGGCGGCCGGCCUAGUAACUAUCUGCGUCAAGACCAAGCAACUGUCACCGACCCCAGGAGUGAAUCAGGAGCGUCCAGGAGAAGGCGGUGGCCAAACCGCCACGAUCCUAGGCCAGCCGGCCUAGGAGGGGCCGGCCGGCCCCACUUGGCAGCCGCUCAUUUUCAGGCUUCGCGUGGAAGUUAAGCCUACCGACCUCAGAUGCUUACAACUAACGCCAACCACUUUACCGACCCUGGAAGGCUAUAAAUAGGACCCCAUCCAUCACUUGUACACACACACACACACACAAAAGGAGCUCUCUUCUCUCACUUUUACUUUAUAGAGUAGGUUAAGUAGUUGGAAGUUAGAGUCGAGUCGAGCUUGUCUCGGGAUUCCGGAGUCGUCAUAAGAAGUCGGUAU